AUGGACCAUUGUUCAGUUUCUUCAAUCAAAUGCACACAACUCCGUAAUCAAACCAAGCUCCGUUCACCACUGUUAAAUGCCAGGCCAAAAAACCAGCCAGAAAUGAAGCCUCGGAUUGUUCGGAUUUCAGUUACUGAUGCUGAAGCCACUGAUUCCUCCAGCGACGAAGAAGAAGGAACAACCAGACCUCGAAACAGAGUCAAGAAAUUCGUCAAAGAGAUAACUAUCGAUACAUCGUCGUGUCCAUCGAAAAAAGAUGCUACUCUCAGAAGUAAACCGUCGUCGUCCUCGAAGAGUUGUCGGAAAAGGCCGGCGGCUGUUUCUGAAGCAAGAGAUAAAGCGUCCGCCAAAGCACCGUCCGGGAAGAAAUUCAGAGGAGUGAGACAACGGCCUUGGGGAAAAUGGGCGGCUGAGAUAAGGGACCCGCUAAGACGUGUACGGUUAUGGUUGGGUACUUAUGAUACCGCCGAAGAAGCAGCAAUGGUGUACGACAACGCGGCUAUUCAACUACGUGGUCCCGACGCGCUCACGUCCUUUACCGCUACUCACCAAAAAUCAGUUGAAGACAAAAACAGCCAAAAACCGUUAUCCAGCUCAGAGUACAACUCCGUCGAAGAAUCUCACAACACCACCACCAACCUCUGUUCCCCGACCUCCGUUCUCCGUUUCCAUUCGCUUUCGGCCGGCGAAGUCGAGAGCGAACCUCGAGAUGUUCUUGAUGAGUCUUGCUGCAUUUCCGGCGAAAACUUACCGGAUUCCUCCGACGAUCCAUUUUGUAUUCCGAGUGACAUAUUCAGUUCGGUACCAGAUUUGUUCGACGAAGAUACGAGUUUACAGGAAAGUUUUAUGAAAGACGAUUUCGGGAGUGGAUUUUUCAGUUCGUGUGCGGAUUUGGAGUUUGAAUUUGGGAGCUUCUCAAGUUGGCAACACGGCGAUAAUCAAUUCCAAGACAUCGGGGAUUUGUUCGGGUCGGAUCCACUUUUAGCCAUUUGAGGGAGUGGUCUCCUUGUUUUGCUCUUGUGAUGCCAGUUUUACGGCAAGUUUUGAAUC